AAAUUUUUUACAACGAUAAAAAAAAAUGGGCAGAAAGUACAAACAACGAUUGAUACCAGAGCAGGAUCGUCGGAUAUGCGGUAGCAUUUGCUGUUGUCAGUUAACAAUAGUCAUCAGCUGUGUUGCUCUAGUUUACCUGAGUGUUGCUGUCUAUAUACCAUCGCACAGGGCAUUCAACGCGGGAAUCGAUCCGGAACCCGUGAUGUGUCAAACGGUUAAUGCUACAUUGGUAAAUUAUUGCGCUUGGGCUAGCUGCGGCGAGUGGUGUUUAACAAAAACAACGGGUUUUUGUCCUCAAAUUCACGCAACAGUGAGGCGUAAUGGAACCGAUCUUGUCCUUGAAAAUUGCACUCAAUUUUCCAGUAUCGCGUGUCCACAG